AUGGAUAAUGCUAUGGAAUGGUUAGUUGAUGAUGAUGAGGUCGAGGAGCAUGAAAGAUUGAUAUGGGACAUGAUCAUAGAUGCUUCAGGGACAUUAGUUGACCCUCUUAGAGCCACUAGAUCUUCUGCACAAAGCACGAGGGUGGAAGAAGAGGCAGAUUCAGAAAAGACGGAGGAGGACAACCAAUAUGGCAUUGAGGAGGUUGGGGAGGAUCUUGUAAUUCAAGUGGUCACAAAUAAUGCUGCUCGCAAUCUAGUUGAAGGUCAUUUGCUUCAACAUAAGAAGCCUUGCAUAUUUUGGACCCCUUUCGCUACACAUUGCAUAGAUCUUAUGCUUGAGGCCAUUGGUGAGUUGACUACUAUUAAAGGAGUUCUUUCUAAGGCUAAGGAUGUUACAGUCUUCAUGUAUAGUCACACACUUACCUUUAGCAUGAUGCACAAGUUUACAAAGAAGAGAGAGCUAGUGAGGCCUGCUCUCAAUCUAGUUGCAUGUCAUUUGCUUCGACAGAAGAGGCCUCAUAUAUUUUGGACUCCUUACAUUGCACAUUGCAUAAAUCUUAUAUUUGAGGCCAUUGGCUUUAUAUAUGAUACACUUGAAAGGGCUAAGAAGGAGAAUGUAGAGAAUUUGGGCAAUGAUGAGGCCAAAUACAGCCCAAUUUUGGAGAUUAUAGAUAUUAAGUGGGAUAGGCAGCUCCGUAGACCAUUGCAUGCAAUGGGGUAUUACUUGAACCCCAAAUUUUGUUAUGCAGAUGCUUAUAUUGAGGCAAAAGCUACAAUUAUGGAUGGUUUUAAUGAGUUCCUUGAGAAAUUAGUUCCCAAUCCACAUAUCCAAGAUAAGAUAUCAAUUGAAGAGCUCAUUUCAUACAAGUGUGCUUUGAUGUCAUUCGGGAAAAGAUAUGGCACUAAGACAGAGAAACAAGGAUGA